UGCGUGGGAAAUACGUGACUUGAAGCAACAGGAUUAUAUUUAGUUUUUCUGAGAGGUGUAGGCUCAGUUUUAGGCUCCCAUGCCUGUUGGGCUAUUGUGUUGGAUGGAAAGCUGCACGGGGGGGAGGAGGAGAGGGCGAGUAGAUAAGAGGGAGAAGUGGUUUAUUGGCUGGCUGCUGCCACUAAACCCUAUUUUUUUUCAACCAGAAAACAAGAGGACUUGUCGUUUGUGUUACAGGCCGUAAAGCAACAACAUCGCAACCCCGGGAGCAACGGGAGAGGACAUGGUAAUCGUGGAUCGGGCCCGUAUUUCUAUUCUGCAGCGCCUACUCCGAGCUCAUUGAGUCGGUAACCAGCGUCCGACAUGGGGAAGGAGGUAAACGGUGUUUCACGGAGCCGGUUUGAGAUGUUCACAAAUAGUGACGAGGCAGUCAUCAAUAAGAAGUUGCCUAAGGAGCUGUUGCUACGAAUUUUUUCCUUUCUGGAUGUGGUGACACUCUGUCGAUGUGCCCAGGUCUCACGGUCCUGGAAUGUCCUGGCCUUGGACGGCAGCAACUGGCAGCGAAUCGACCUCUUUGAUUUUCAGAGGGACAUUGAGGGUCGGGUGGUGGAGAAUAUUUCAAAGCGAUGUGGGGGCUUCCUUAGAAAACUGAGCUUAAGGGGUUGCCUGGGUGUUGGUGACACUGCCUUGAGGACUUUUGCACAGAACUGCAGAAAUAUUGAGCUACUUAGCUUGAAUGGCUGCACCAAGAUUACUGACAGCACGUGUAAUAGUCUCAGUAAGUUCUGUCCAAAGUUAAAGCACCUGGACCUUGCCUCCUGUACCUCAAUCACCAACCUGUCUCUUAAAGCUCUCAGUGAAGGUUGCCCUUUGCUGGAGCAGCUGAACAUUUCCUGGUGUGAUCAGGUCACAAAGGAUGGCAUCCAAGCUCUGGUGCGCUCCUGUCCCGGACUCAAAGGCCUCUUCCUAAAGGGCUGCACACAGCUUGAAGACGAGGCUUUGAAGCAUAUCGGCACACACUGUCCAGAACUGGUUACUCUCAACCUGCAGACAUGUUCACAGAUCACCGAUGAUGGCCUCAUCACUAUUUGUCGAGGUUGCCACCGUCUGCAGUCUCUGUGUGUGUCGGGUUGUGCCAAUAUUACAGACGCCUUCUUGCAUGCCCUGGGACAGAACUGCCUGCGUCUCAGAAUAUUAGAAGUGGCUCGCUGCUCUCAGCUUACAGAUGCUGGCUUUACUCCAUUAGCAAGGAAUUGCCAUGAACUUGAGAAGAUGGAUUUAGAAGAAUGUGUACAGAUCACAGAUGUAACUUUGAUCCAGUUGUCCAUUCACUGUCCCAGGCUGCAGGUCCUGAGUCUGUCUCACUGUGAGCUGAUAACAGACGACGGCAUCAGGCACCUCGGCAGCGGCCCCUGCGCUCACGACCGCCUGGAGGUGAUCGAGCUGGACAACUGCCCCCUCAUCACAGAUGCCUCUCUGGAGCACCUGAAAAGCUGCCAUAGUCUGGACCGCAUCGAGCUUUAUGACUGCCAGCAGAUUACCCGCGCAGGCAUUAAAAGACUACGGACUCAUCUGCCUAACAUCAAAGUACAUGCGUACUUCGCUCCUGUCACUCCGCCCCCCUCCGUCGGGGGCAGCCGUCAGAGGUUCUGCCGCUGCUGCAUCCUGCUAUGAUGCAAAGACAAGCACCCCCUCUCCUCCCGCAACCUCCCGACUCGGCGUGUUCCUCCCCCCACCCAACGCCACAGCGUCUCAUCUUCUACAGAAAAAGGAUACAGAAAACUUCAUGCUGGUGUGCCCGCUCUGCUUUCUUCUUUUCGGAGCUCCAGAGAACGACGGAGCACCAAACAGGAUUCAAGAUUCUGGAUGAACUUCUCUAGAAACAAUUUUGAGUCCCAAAUCAUACACGGUUAACACGAACAUCGGUGGGCACAUCAGUAUUAUUAAGAGGGGCUGUGUGAAUAACAGCUGUGUUCAUCCAUGCUACAAGAUUUUCCUUUCAAUCAAAUGAAGUAUGGACAAUUUAACCCCCCACCAAGUCAAGCUGAGGAUUUUCACAAAGAUCCCCUCCUCCCAGUUUUUCCCCUUGGUUUCAAAGGUCUCUCAAAAGCUACCUCUAAACAGGAACUGCACUUGAGUAAGACCAGCGCUUACUGAUUAUUUCAAAAUAAAAGCAGCAGUGACAUAGCUGAAAAACUGCCAACACCUCCAACAAACACACACAGCAGCAGAGAGCAAUUAUUUUCGUUCCUUUUAAGAAUAUCAGCAGCCAUUUGCACUUUCAAUGAAAAAGAGAAACAAUAAUCAGACAUUUUACUAACAAACGCUGGCGCUCACGGCCGUUGUCCUCUCACCUCUCUCUGUUACAAUCAGGCGCUUCAAGAUACUGAAGAGAAUAGAAACAAAAGUUGAAAUAUUUUUCUAGAACUCAGACUCACAUGUCGGGACUUAAGAAGAUGCCAAAUGUUGCAUGUAACUCCUCCUAGUCCUUUUUUUAAUAAAAAAAAAAAAGUGUAAAUAUAUAGGACUGCGAGUUGAAGCCAGCUAAGGAGCAGCAACAGGACAGUGACGUAAGUUGUGGGUGGAAACAUCCACCCAUCAGAGGAAGCUCCAGCAAAGUCAGAGCAUGCUCGUUUACACACUGAUCUGCUGGGGAGUUUCAGCCAGAUCUCUGAUUUGCUGGCUUGUUACAGCUUAUGUUAACAACAAACUUUUCUUUUUUCGUCCCCCGCCCCGAGUAGAAGUGUAAAAAUAAGACCCAACAUCACUACUGGAAUUCAAGCUGAAGGACAAUGGAAAGAUAAAGCCAACUUGAAAAAAAAAAACAAUCCUAGAUUGUCUUCUUUCAGUUAGUUUGAGUUCACUGAGUUGCUUUUUCUUUUACCUGGAGGACUAAGGAAGCGGUAGGGGUCGAGAGCCUCAGCUCCUCAGAGGCCCUGCAGGGAUUCCUCCGGCCGUCUGGGACGAGCGACCUUGAAGCCGCUCUAAGAGAAAGCUGACUGAAUCUGAGACCUGCAGUGGCGGAGCUUCUAAAGGACUUCAGCUCCGUGGCCCUUUGAAGUAUUGAAGCCUUUUCUUAUGAAUCGCCCUGUCCUGCUCUCACACCUGCUUCAUUCUAUCGCUUUAUAUAAAUGUUUUUUUUUUUUUCCCCUCCUGGCUGUAAUUUCCUCUGAGUCUUUCCUCUCUUUGUUUUGCUGUGGUUUGGAUUCUGUCUCCGUUGUGUUUGAAGCCAUGAGUCCCGUCUCGGCGGAAUGAGUUUAAGCCCAAUUUCCAAUCCCGGUUUUGAUCUGAUGGAGUUUGUUUUCAUUAAGUUUGUUACUAAAUGUGUAGCAUUUGUCCGUGGGAAGUUUUGGCAUCAGUGCAAUUGUACUUUUUAUUUUUUAAGCCACAUAUAAGUUGAGGUUAAUGGCUAUUAUUGCUGAAUGUUUUAAUCGAGGAGAAGGAUCUUAUUGCAACAGAAUGAUUCUCAUUUCCACCCACAAGCAUUCUUUAUUUGCCUUGUUUUGAGAAAUAGAAAUCCUUUACUCAAUGUUCUCUGCCUAAAUGCUUCAAGCAAAGUGACAAAUAAGGAUAUUUGUAAAAAAAUUUAAUGUGCGUUGCAACAAUUUGGCAUUUGCCAAAUCCAAAAUUAGGAUUCUGUUCAGUGUAAAUUUUAAAAUUUUUUUGGGAAGGGGCUUUACAAGAGUAUUUAUAAAGAGAGGAGUAGGAAAAGUUUGGAAAAGGUGACCGACUCUGUCUUUGUGCUCCCAAAGACAAGACUUUUAUCUGGGAUGUAACACCUGCUUGUCCUCAAGUUCACCAGUGCAGCUAAUGGCGACGUGCUUUCAACCUGCUCCCGAGCGUUUCAUGUGUAUUAAAGAAUAUGUCAUUUGAUGCUUCAGAAAAAAAAAAGAAAAACACUACAAGUUCCACCUUGAACUUAUUUUCCAGAGCAGUAUCAAACUCUUAUCUUUAUAUCGGCGCUCUAUAUCCCCUGGUUUACAUGGAAGUUGGAGCCAUCACGCUCCGGUUCUGUUUGUCUAAUGCACGUUUUGUCCUAAACACUGGAGACAGGUUAAGGAGAAAGGCAGAAGAAGCUGAAUCAACAGUGUCUGUGUCGGAGGCAGAAGAUUUGACACCUCAGAAACAUAAAAAAAAAAAAAAAAAACAGGAGUUUUGGAAGUGACUGUAGUUCAUAUAUUUACUGUAAAUCUUUUCCUUUUUUCUUUCUUUUUUUAUAAUUAACCAAUAUAAAGAAAUAUGUAUGUAUGAAUAAAUAUAUACCUAUAUUAUUAA